ACGCGGAGCUCGCGCUGGCCGGCCAGUUGGGCGCGGGGAGCAGCGCGGGAAUCCCCGCCGUCUCAGGCACGGAUCGCACUCGAAAUCCAGAUCUGUAGACGGGAAUUUGAUUUUAAUUGCGUUGUUCUGCGGGCGUUUGUCACCCGUCUUCUGUGGUUAGUUUACGUGCUUAUCUUCUUGUACUCAACCGUGAUGUUUUUCUACCUGAACUACCUGGGUUUGUCCCCAAAGACCAAAGGAGGUAUUUUUUGGGGGGGGUUUCCCAAAAUAAGCCUCCUGCUUAAUGUGACCGUAGUGAAGCGUCGUAGUGUCGGGUCUAACCAAGCAUUGUGAGACAAGCUGGAAUGAGAACAUGGUGCCAACACGUUUUCUAUAAAUUUGAAUUUUCGUUUUUUCCAACAACACAACACUCAAGCAACACACAGCAUGAUGAACCGUAUUUCCUCUUAGAUCACAACCUUUUUAGUUAUUUGUAACCUUGAUCAACCCGCUCAUUCCAUUUGAGAUAAUGUAAUAUAACAAUGACGUACUUUCAACUGAAUUUUAGUAGAUUUAAUUGCAAUUUUAAACUGAAUAAAAUAAAUGUGUUCUCUCUUAAAGUCAAUGCCCUAAUGAUUAUAUUAAUAAUUCAUGUUAUCCCACUCUCGCUCUACAGCUGCUUGAUCUGCUGUUGUAAGAGUGUAACUUAAUUAAAGUGUUGGUUUAUAGGAUGACAAUGUUUUGUGAUUUUAUCAGCCGCUGAUGGAUCUCCCGGCAUUUCAGCGCGAAUAAAAGGAGACCCGAUGCUUCUGCUAAAAUAGGAUUUAGUUGGAUUAUAAAUAUGCCGUAUUGUGAUGUCGACGUGUUUCAUUAAGAACAGUGGAUCCACAAAGGGUCAUGCUGACAGUGUGAACCAUUAAUCCCCUUUUGAAUACAAAUUUCCGUCUUUGCCUAAUAGAAUACACAAAGGAAUAUGUGUUAAUAAGUACUCGAAAGAAGUGGCUGUCAGUUUUCAACACAAUAUGUUUACAAUACUCGAGACCUUAGUGCGUGAGACUCUCCAGUCCCUCUAUAUUGUAAGCAAAUGUAAUUCAUACCUGGAAGGUGCUCAUAGAAGCACUUUUGAAUGCAUCUAGUGCUUUGUGCAUGUACUCAUUUUGAGAAGGGAAAACGUGCAUCUGUAACCAAAGGCUGCACUUAAAAUUGCCUCAUGCUUUCGGACCAUCACGCAUCUAAUGAGAGCAAUCAACGGCCCCGAGGUUUCCCAUGGCAGGUUGCAUCCUUGUGCAUGGGGUAUAAGCCCCUUGGAUGUGAGAGCUCACAUGAGUUCUUGUACACAUUAAAAGGUGUUGAUUCCCCUUUAAGAAAAUUCAACAAGUGGACCAUUAAGUUUCUUUGGUUGGAUUUACAUUUAACACCAAGACAUAAUGUCUUCCUCAAAAUUAGCCAAAACAUACGAAUGAGUUUUGGGAGUCAAUAAGUGUGCCCUCAAACACCCAUCUCACAACCAGUGCGACCUACAAAUGCGAUUUGUGAUGAUAUAUCGUUUGCGCAACUGUAAGACCAUUGGAAGCGUUGAUGAAACAGCUGUGGAAUGACGGCCCGAACUGCAGAGAAGCCCAAAGACACAAAGCUUUCAUCCCUCCGUUGAUUUCAUUCAAUCUUAUUUCAGAGCAGUUGAUACAAUCGGAUGCAAUAGUCUGCUCUAAAUACUGAGCCGUGGAGCUGCUCUCCAGCUGUUGCUUAUCCCAAGGUUUCCCUGAUUUUCCAGGGAGCGCUCCCCUUUUUCAGUGAUGGAGGUAUUGCAGUGUGACAGCUGUGACUUCCGUGCCGAGUCAUAUGAUGACUUAAAGACCCACAUUCAGGAAGUGCACACGGUGUUCCUGCAGCCUGCAGAUGCAGAGGAGUCCGACUCGCUGAAAGACGAGGACGACGAUGACGACGAGCAAGCGGAGGAAUAUGACGGCAAGGGUGACCGGGAUUAUUCGACUCCUAAAGCUGGAAUGAGCCCCAAUACUACUGACAAUUCCAACCAAACACCACAAAGGCAGACCGCUGAAACCCACCUGCCGUUUUACCAGUGCAAGUUCUGUGUCCGUUACUUCAGAUCCAAGUCCUUCUUAAGAAACCACACCAAAAAGGUGCAUAACGACGCAGAGGAGGACUCCGAUGCAAGUGUCUCCUCGCAGAGCGCCGAGCAGCCCAGCUACACCGUUAUUAUGCGCAGUGACAAUUCAAAAGUGUUCUCCUGUCAGUAUUGCACGUACCAGUCUCCACGCAAAGCAAGAAUGAUGAAACACCAGCUGAUGUAUCACAAUAAGGUUCCCGCAGAGAGCGCUGAGGAGCCUCCAGCGUUCGAUGAGACCGGCGAGGAAUCGACCGGAGAGGAAUCCGACUCCGCCGGUGGACUCACGAAAGGAACCUUUGCCUGUGAAUGGUGCGACUAUCAGACCGACCAGAAGGAGAGCUGGACCGGUCACGUGUUGAAGGAACACAGUGACAAGGUCAAGAUAGUGUCCUGCGUUGAGGAGCUGGAAGGGGAGGAGAGUGCAAGCUCACCCAUACCAGGCUCUCCCUCCGCUCCCCGGAGCCAGAAUAGGUCAAAGGUGGGUUUCUCUGAGGUUCGAGGAAAGGCAAAUCCAGGAGGAAAAACUGUGGAAAAGCUGUCGGAGGAGUCCGUCGCAGACGUCUCAUCCUUUCAGUACGCAGACAUUACUGCAGCAACACCCAACAGCACAGGCUCCUCCAUUCUGUCCAAGAGGUUCACGCAGUCUGACAUCUCCAACAGCGUCGUCGAGGCGGACGCCAACUUGCUCAAUGAAGAAGACUCAAAGAGCAGCUUAGAGAAUGACGACGACGAAGAAGAGCUGGGCGACAUAGACGAUCCCAGCUAUACUGGGACCCUGUCCGCAGACGCAAAGCAGCUUUUAACUGACGAGGACAAUAAACUACUGGAGACUAAAGGAAUACCGUUUAGAAAGUACAUGAACCGCUUUCAGUGCCCUUUCUGCUCCUUCCUCACCAUGCACAGGCGAAGCAUCUCCCGGCACAUUGAAAACAUUCACCUUUCUGGUAAAACUACCGUGUAUAAAUGUGAUGAAUGCCCAUUUAUUUGCACCAGCCCUCUUAAGCUAGGCACGCACAAACAGAGCCACAUAUCCUCCGAUCUGGACUCCAUGGACCUAACGAGUGACAGUCAAGAGACCCUCAACGACAACGCCGCAGAGCCCGUCAACGGGGGUAACGUAAGCUCCAAAGUCAACGGGAAAAAAAUAACCAGCACACCAAACGACCAGCUGAACCCUCACCGCUGCACGCUGUGCAGCUUCUCCACCACCACUCUGAAGGGUCUGCGGGUCCACCAGCAGCAUAAGCAUUCCUACUGCGAUGACCUGGAGCCCGCCGUCUUUGAGAGCCAGCUGACUGACCAGCCGGACUCUGAAGUGGACGCUUCUCCGAUCUUUCUGCAAAAAACCCAGACCUCGAUUUUAGGACUCGCCACCAAGAAGCCCUUAGUAACGGGGAAAAGAGCCAGGAAGUCCAUCAACGACUUGCCUUUGGAUUUGUCCUCGGUGAAGAAGAGGACCAGAAUUGAUGAAAUUGCCAGUAACCUUCAAAGUAAGAUUAGCCAAAGCCAACAGGACAUGAUCAUAAACCUAGAUGACAUGGAUGAUGUAGAUGGAGAAAAUCACACCGGUGCUGAUAAAGAGGGUAGAAACCACGUAAACCCAGUCUUCACUUAUAACACACAACACCUUCUUGCCAGUGAGUCGAUGAUCUCUCACGACGGGGGCCGGGUAGGGAAAAGAAAAAGCAACCCCAAGUCGAAACCCAGAAACAUUCCCAUAUCACUGACUCUCUCAGACGACAGUGAAAACAUCUCCGCUGACCCCGGUGACGGUGCUAUCCAAGAGAACGCCGAUUAUUCGGAGGCUCCAGGAACUACGCGUUUCUACUGCAAACACUGUGAUUACCACAACAAGUCGGCCCGUAGCGUCAGCACCCACUACCAGAGGAUGCACCCUUACAUCAAGUUCAGCUUUAAGUACAUCCUGGACCCCGAGGACCAGAGCGCGGUCUUCCGCUGCUUGGAGUGUUUCAUUGAAUACACAAAUUACAAUGAUCUGCAUCAACACUACAUGGAUCACCACCCGGAAGCAAGCAACGUGCUCAACUUCAACCAGCCAAAUCUGGUGUACAUGUGCCGCUUUUGUUCAUACACGAGCCCCAAUGUCAGGAGCCUGAUGCCCCACUACCAAAGAAUGCACCCGACGGUUAAAAUCAACAACGCAAUGAUCUUCUCCAGCUACGUGGUGGAGCAGUCCCACAAAACGGGUGAAUCCCAAACCCUGAGGGAAAUACUGAACUCCGGCCCGAAGAAUUUGAAUUCUCCAACGUCAACCCCGAGGUCCUCCACCAGCCCGGUGCCGAAAGCGGUCUCCAAGACCCCCGAACCCGGCGCUGAGGCGGACCCUCUCAAAGAAUCCGUGGAUGGCAACGUGGUCGUGUACGACUGUGACGUGUGUUCUUUCGGUAGCCCCAACAUGCACUCCGUGUUGGUCCACUACCAGAAGAAACAUCCGGAGCAAAAGGCGUCGUAUUUCCGUAUACAGAAAACCAUGAAGGUCAUCUCGGUGGAUCAGUCGCAGCCUGUCGCCAACUCCUCGUACAAUCUCAACAUGGCCACGCCUCCAAAACAACAGAGCGCCGUACUGUACGGAUCGGAUGAAGAGAUGUACUACUGUAAACACUGCGUGUACAGCAACAGAUCUGUGGUGGGUGUGUUGGUCCACUAUCAAAAGAGACACCCGGAGGUAAAAGUGACGGCGAAAUACAUCAAACACGGCGCUCCCACUCCCGGUUUGAUGAAAUUGAUGGACGAAUUGCAAAUUGCGACCCCCAAACAGUUUUUGAAGCAGUUCCAAAACAACGGUCACGACGGAUCGAACAACACCAGCCCCAAGCCCGGCAGUGGCGAGAAGGGGGAGGAUGAGCUGUUUUUUUGUCAGCACUGUGAUUACGGCAAUCGCACCGUAAAAGGCGUGCUCAUCCACUACCAGAAGAAGCACAGGGAAACCAAGGCCAACGCUGACCUCGUGCGUCGCCACACCGCCGUCGUCCGGAGUCAGCGCGAGCGCGCGCAGAUGGUGCAGUCGAGCAGCGUCUCGUCCGCCUCCAUCCCGGCACCGCCGGACCCCGAAAACACUACGCCGCUGCGCUCCCUGAAGUGCAGACACUGCUCGUACACGUCGCCCUACGUCUACGCCCUGAAGAAGCAUCUGAAGAAAGAGCACCCCACUGUGAAAGCAACGGCCAUGACCAUUCUACACUGGGCUUACCAAGAUGGCAUCCUGGAGGCUGGCUACCACUGUGAGUGGUGCAUUUACUCCCACGCCGAACCGCAAGGCCUGCUGCUCCACUACCAAAGACGCCAUCCUGAGCACAAUGUGGAUUACACGUACAUGGCCAGCAAGCUGUGGGCUGGACCGGAGACCACUCAGCAAGGCGGCAAUAUGGAAACUAAACAUUACAAAUGCAGAGACUGUGCCUUCGAGGCCUGCACCAUAUGGGACAUCACGAGUCACUAUCAGGUAGUGCACCCGUGGGCCGUUAAAGGCGAUGAAUCCGUGCUUUUGGAUAUCAUCAAAGGAAACGGGCCGGCCGAAGACACACAACAGGUGGUUGCCAACGAACACAUGUCUUUCAAUUGCCAAUCGGUUGACGACGAUUUGACACAGGCCAUGGCCACCACGCCUCAAGAAAGCAAUCCCCAUCCGCCCCACCCACGUCUUUCCAUCUCCAACAAUCCUUAUCAGUGCACCGUGUGUCUGUCCGAGUACAACAGUCUCCACGGCCUGCUCACUCACUACGGAAAGAAGCACCCAGGUAUGAAGGUCAAAGCUGCAGAUUUUGCACAGGAGGCAGACAUCAACCCCAGCUCUGUGUAUAAAUGUCGUCACUGUCCGUACGUAAACUCCCGAAUCCACGGGGUCCUGACUCACUAUCAGAAGAGACACCCGUUGGUCAAAGUCACCGCGGAGGACUUUGCAGAUGACAUUGAGCAGAUCGGGGACACAAAUGAAGGAGAAGACAAGUGCAAAACUCAAAGGCAAGGCUACGGAGCAUACAGGUGCAAAAUCUGCCCCUACACGCAUGGGACACUUGAGAAACUCAAAAUCCAUUACGAGAAAUACCACAAUCAGUCGGCCUCUGAAAUGUUCGCCCCCUCUCUGACGUAUUUCUCUCCCGGUAGAGAGAGCGAGCCAGUGGCUGAAUGCAGCGCUGGUAAUACGUCAAGCGCGGCAAAGGUCCAGGAGGUCGGUGAAUUGGACCUUGCCCUCUCCCAGUUACCCAUCAAUAAGCAAGAGAAACACGCCAUAUUCAAGUGUCAGCUCUGCAAAUACUUCUGCUCCACCCGGAAAGGCAUCGCCCGUCACUACCGUAUCAAGCACAACAACGUCCGAGCUCAGCCGGAGGGUAAAAACAAUGUCUUCAAAUGUGCUCUGUGUUCAUACACAAACCCCAUACGCAAAGGUCUGGCGGCACAUUACCAGAAACGGCACGAUAUCGACGCCUAUUACACCCACUGCCUGGCUGCUUCCAAGACUAUGACCGAAAUGCCCAACAAAGUGAUCGCACCCCCGCCGUCGGAAGGGGACAAUUCCGAAAUGAGUGAAGACUUGCGUUUGGCUGUGGAGAGACGAAAGUGUUCUCUUUGUGCCUUCCAGGCCUUCAGCAGGAAGAGCAUUGUCUCACACUACAUCAAACGUCACCCAGGUGUCUUCCCCAAGAAGCAGCACGCCAGCAAGCUCGGUCGCUACUUCACCGUUAUCUAUGCCAAAGAAGCCGAGAAGAUGGCCGGCAGUGCGAUUGCGGAGGACGACGGGGACGCGUCGGAGGUCCAGCUUGAGCCCGAGCCGGACAGGGGGGUCGAAUGGCUGCCGUUCAAGUGUCUAAAAUGCUUCCAGUCGUCCUUUGGCACGGGCGAGCUGCUCUCUAUGCACUACAACGAUCACCACGGCAGCGACCUGAAGAGAGACUUCGUGGUGUCGCCCGGGCCCGAGGACGAGGAGUCCGAGUUGUACAAGUGUACUCACUGUGAACUGAAGUUUCUGGCUCUCCCGGUUCUGGCCAAACAUCUGUUGAACCACAAUGAGGAGUUUCAGAAGAGGGCCAUGAGGCAGGAGAGGAGGAGGCAGGUGCUCAGCAAACAGAAAGCCGCCGAACAUCCCGAGACCAAACCUGAGAAGGAAAACCUGUUAAAUAACGCUCCCAUAGGGUUCCGGUGUAACUUCUGCAUAGAGAUGCACCCCACCCUGCGUGCCAUCUGCAACCACCUUAGGAAGCACGUGCAGUACGGGGAGGUCAAAGAGGGACACGUCAAGCAGGAAGUCAGCGAAGUCCCGCUGACCCCGUCUUCAGAGACCCUGACCAAUGGCGACCUCGAGGGGGAAGACGCGGCCGAAACCGACGGCCCCGAGGGACCCGCGGCGACAAUGACGGGUCCGCCCUCCGUUUCCACGGCUUCGGCAGGCGGCGAUGUUGUUCCCGCAGAGACACUGGAACCGGCUCCGAGCGCCAUCGGAGGGAGGGCGGCGGCCCUGGUGGCUGCAGCGAGGGCCGUGGUGUCGGAGGGCGAGCUGAAGCAGCGGUUGGCGGCCGGGGGUCACCCGUGUGCCCAGUGCGACAGAGUCUUCAUGUCCAUGCAGGGACUGAGGUCCCACGAGAGGAGCCACUCGGCCAUGGCGCUGUUCAGCCGAGAAGACAAAUACAGCUGCCAGUACUGCCAGUUCGUCUCGCCCUUCAGACACAAUCUGGACAGACAUGUGCAGUCUCACCACGGGCACCACAAACCCUUCAAGUGCAAACUCUGCCCCUUUAAAUCUGCCUACGUGAGUCGCUUGAAGAGCCACCUGCAUAAGGCACACACAGGUGAGCAGCACACAUACCAGUGCUUGUCUUGCCCCUUCUCCUCUAUGACCAUCAGCCAGCUGAAGGAGCACUCUCUGAGAGACCACGGAGAGGCGCUGACCCUCCCCAAACUCCGGGCUGCUACCCAGGCUGCUCACGGUGCCCUGAGGCCCCCGCGGCUGCCCAGCAACACAGAGCAGAACCCCUUGGCCCUGGAUGAUCCGUCAUACCUGGAGCCGGCGGACGUUCGUCAGCAGCUUAGUCAUUACCAGCUAGCGUCGCGCAGUCAAAUGUCUGCAGGCUCAACGGCGGCUGAUCAUCGACCGGACAGCAUCCUCACUUGCGAGUUCUGCGAGUUCAGCUCUGGGUACAUGCAGAGCCUGCGUCGGCACUACAGGGACCGCCAUGGCGGCAAGAAGCUCUUCAAGUGCAAAGACUGUUCCUUUUUCACCUGCUACAAGAAUACCUUCACCAUGCAUGUGGAGGCCGGUCACAACAACAACGCACCCGACAACCUCCCCAAAGACCUGCGCUGCCCCCUCUGCCUCUACCACACCAAACACAAGAGCAAUAUGAUUGACCACAUUGUCCUGCACAGAGAGGAGCGUGUGGCUCCGCUGGAGGUCAGCCGCUCCAAGCUGUCGCGCCACCUGCAGGGCCUCGUGUUCCGUUGCCACAAAUGCACCUUCACGUGCUCCAGUGACCAGGCCCUGCAGCUGCACCUGCAGAAGCACGCUGAGAUCAAGCCCUACCAGUGCCAGCUCUGCUACUACGACAGCAGUCAACGGAGCCAGCUAGAGGAGCAUCUACGCCUCGAGCACAAGGUUAUCCGGAACUUCGAGCUGAUGGGCCGCGUCAACCUGGAGCAGCUGGAGAUGAUAAAAGAACGAGGGAGCAGCGCAGAGGAGGAGGAGGAGGAAGAAAGAGAAAUGAUGAUGAUGGAGUUGGUCGGAGAUGGAAAGGAAGCUGCACAUGAGGACGAGGACGACGAAGGAAUGGAGAUUAUGGAAAACAUGGUGGAGGAGCAGAGGGAGACAGACGAUGAAGAGAUAGAGGACCACUUUAAAGAGGAAGAGGAGGAGGAGGAGGAGGAGGAAGACUAUGAUGAAGAGGAAGUCACGAGGCUGGAGGAGGAGAAGCCCGGCAUACGAGACAUCCUUGCGUCCCCCACCAGCAGCAGCAGCGGCGGCGGCGGCAGCAACAACUCGGCGCCCGGCAGUGCAGAGAAGCGGCUUCCCUGUGAGUUCUGUGGCCGCUGUUUCACCAACAGCCUGGAGUGGGAACGCCACGUGCAGCGACACGGCAUGAUGGUGAAUCACACCAACAUGGACUCCAGCAACACCUCCGCGUUGGAGGCCUCCGCCUCAUCUUCCACUGGCUCCUGCGUGUUCGCUGACACGGGGUUGGACCCGUCCAGCAACGGCAACGAGAAAGGGAAACCUGCAGGUCUCUCGCUGGGGAGCCCCGGCCAGUACGUGGAAGGCCAAAACAAGCUCGACACCAAAAACGAUCAAGAGUUUGGCUGAAGGGAUUGUGGCCUGUUGGGAUGAUGUGCUAAAAAAAUGAUAAGCGUGGGGGGGAAGGAUCAGCACUGAGUAGAAUCGUAAAAGGAAACAAAAAUGAUUUAAACUGAGAAAAAAAAAAAGUGACUUUGUACGAGUUGGCGCAUUACUAGAGUUUAGGUGUUAAAUAUUUAAGUAUUAGAUUGUGAUGCAUUAAACGGCUAAGCUCUUUAAAUGGGCAGUCCCCUAGGACAGAUCUUAAUAUAUUGGUAACCAAUAGUGAACAGAACUCUUUAUUGCUGACAUUCUGGUCAAAUCUACAGUGAAAGAUCCCACCUAGAUGAAACAAAGCUAUUUAUUGACGGCGAUGUCCAAAAUGAUUAACUAAAUUUAGUAUUUUAUUAUUUGAAGCACCUUUUACACUCCCCCCCCCAAAACAGGGGUACUGUAAAUGUACCUAAAUUGAACAAACGUAGUAUGAAAACAUUUAAACAGUGGCCCACUGUAGAGCUACCUAUUGUUUCUUGUUGAAAUGUGAGACUCUUUUUCAUCUUAGCCUUUGUGUUAAGUGUGUAGAAGUAUCCCUCGAGAAAGAAUCGCACCUUAUCCAUUUCAGUAAAACCACAAAUCAUUUUUUCUUUCUUUUUUUUCUUUUUUCGAAAUGCUGACAUUUUCCCCCAAAUGUUUGUAGCAAAUUGCUAUAUUUUAGGUCCCUUAAUAUUAUACUGCGUAUAAGCCUUCAGCCUGCGGCACCCUUUUGCAUUUUGACGGUGAUAUUUCAUUGUCCAGUAAUUCACAUGAUGGGGAAAAAUGCUAAUAAUGGGAUUAGGUAAACGAUGUGGUUCGUAGUCCAGGUUAAACAACAUCUACCUGUGCACUCUGAGGAUCAAUAUAACAACAAAGAUACGUUAAAUGUGUCAUGAUACAGGAUUCGGUUAAAACUGAGCAGAGAAAGCGUCAUCCUGGAACAUAACUAGAGGUUGUUUUUUUUUGUUGUUUUUUUACAACAGUGCCGUAAUAUUUGUCAUCGUCAUCAAUAGACCGAGAUCACACUUGUCUUUUCAGUGAGAGUUGGAUCCUGAUGUGUCUGCACGUCCAUCGCAAUGAUAACUAAACCACCUCGGCUGAUUGUUAAAGCCAGUGCAAAAGUGCCUUACGAAUCCAGUUCCUCUAAUGGCCAGUAAAUGGCUUCAUUUGCCUAUUUUUAUUGAGCUAAUUUGAGGCAGCCAUGCAAUCACCCCUGAUAUCUGAAAAUGAUUCUCCAUAAUUUCUGGCCUCAACAGCUCAUUUUUUGUUCUAUUAAUUCGUCUCCCGGUGGCGAUUCUGACAGCAAACAACACCAAAGAGGACGGUGAUGGUGAUGGUGAUGGCCAGUCCUGAGGAAUCCUUUUUUUGAGAUUUUUGCUGAUUCAAUGGACGUUGGUAGAAUUCAAUUUGUUUUGCUCGCAGCGUUUGAGAAAAUUCAGAUUUUGUUAGAACUGCUUUCCUCCAAACAAAACGUCCCGGUGAAGUAGUGUUAUCUGAGCGUCGUGCUACAUUACGCAGAACGAAAGGGAAACGAAAGAUUUUUAUGGAGAAAGAUUUUUUUUUUCCAAUGUUGCGAGCACGACAAAUGAAACUCCCCACUAAACUGGGUAUGUUUGGAGUCAUGUUUGCUCGAUUGACAGAUGUCUCAGUCUUUCACAGUCAGCCCUGGUGAUGAUUACCUCAACUCCAUCCAGGCCCCUACACACCACCCAAAUCCAGAUGUUUGAACUGCGCACAACUGACAGGCUGACAUUAAGCAUGAAACUCAAAUCUUGGCUCGGAGGCGUCCCUUCGCCACAGCACAGAUGUGCUUUUCUACGAUCCGUGGUGCCGCUUUUUUAGUAAUGGAAUGCACUGAAAAGACAAGUGUAACCGACACAGAAAACCUUUUAAAAUCAUUGGUUUCCACCAAAUCCUAAAAAGUCCUUUUAAAUUCCGUAUCGGCACCACUGUCGUAGCCUGGAUAUGUGUGCUUCUUUUUAGAUAAAGUCGUCAUGUUAUUGUGGAUACUGACAAACGGCAGAGAUUGUAUUUGUUGAAAGUCACUUGAAUACCCUGAAGCCUUAUAAGAUAAUAAAUAGCAAUUAAGUCAAAUGCAAGCCCAAUUCCAAUAAGCAACAUGAAACAAUCUGAAAUAAUAUGGCUGAUAGACAAUUUUUAAACCUGUAGUACCAAAAUAUUUACCAAGACUGCUGUGUUUAUCUUCAUUAUUAAACCUUUGACAGAAAUCAGAAAUUUGGGUUUGCAACGCAGGUGAACCACGUUUGCAGCCAUGUAUAGAAAGCAAAACUACUUGUUCAGUGUUUUAAGCGUGGUGUUUCGGAAAGGAUACUUUCACCCUUUUGUUCUUUUAGGUGUUUUUGUUUUAGUUUUUCAGAAGAAGAAAAGACCAAUCUGAAGACGAUAGCUAACCCUUAGGGGCUUUUUGAAUCCCCAGUCCCAAUAUUAUUACACUGUUGUUCAAUAUCCGGUUAUAAUGAGAAAUAUUUCCUUUUCUGUACUGUAUUGGGAAGAAGCACAUCGGAAGUGUGGUUGUACAAUAUUUAAACACAUGAAGGAAAAGUAUGCAUUUAUCUCUGAAUGAAUGGACUGGGCUUUUAUUGUGAAGAAGGAAAACAUGUCAAUCCUUUUUAGGGGCAUUUGGCCGAACUACUUGAUCCUUUUCCUGGAUCGGCCAGUUGACCCGCAGACCCUUCCGAGAUGUAGCUGACUCAUGUCCACACCAGUAUCUCCUAUCCACGACCAGUAAGGACGUCAGCUGACUUGCUCCAAAUAGGCCUUCCCUUACAUGUAGUCUACCCAAACAGCAGGAGGUGGGAAUGUAGCAGCCCCACUAAUGCUCCUCAGUCCUUGUAAUACCUGGAAGAAAAGAAAAAAAACAGAAAAAAAACUGUUGAGUUGGUGCUGAAUCUUGAAGCCCUUUUUUGUUUUUUUCUGUUUUUCAGGACCAGCGUGUAGCUUUUUGAAGAGUAAAACUGUUGUUGUAGAAAUAAGCUUUGUUAAGGCAGCUCGUUGCCCAGUGGAAGCCACAACGACGGAUUGGGACAAUCUGGGUAACGAAGCUGUCGACCCAAAAUUGUUGUUCUGUGAUCGGUUUAAUAGAAAAGGACUAUGAAUCCCACACUGUGUUCAGUCGCUGGACUGUAAUAUUCCCAGUUUACCCAAAGUGAAGCCCCUGCUGACAACACACUGGAUACUUGUAUAUAUGUUUAGUUUGUUUCUGAUGAAGUUCUCUUUUCAGACUGUUGCCUCCAUAGUUUGACACUAGAAUCUCUCCUUCUUGCCUUUCCUCCCAUAUAAAUCUGAUUACCUGAUGGUGGGUUGUGAUGUUGCCUAGAAUGAUUGUUUACAAUUUUAUUCCAUUUAUCUCUGGAUAUUCUGUAAAUAUUGUAAUUCAUUGUCUUUUUUUAACUUGAUAAUAAAGUUAUCAGAUAAAGGUUCA